AUGUUGUUCUUUGAUGGUGGCUCUGGUGGGAACUCCCGGAUUCUCAGCUGCUGCACUGAGCUCUGGGGCUCCUGCAUUUUUAAUCCGUCUCCUUCAACAGAGCUGCAGCCAAUCGCCCGCUGUCGGGAGAGCGAGGGGUGUCAGCCGGCUUAUCCGACCUCUGCUUCUCCAACCUCUGUUUAUCCAACCUCUGCUUCUCUAACCUCUGCUUCUCGAACCUCUGCUUCUCUAACCUCUGCUUCUCCGACCUCUGCUUCUCCAACCUCUGCUUCUCCGACCUCUGCUUCUCCAACCUCUGCUUCUCCAACCUCUGCUUCUUCAACCUCUGCUUCUCCAACCUCUGUUUAUCCAACCUCUGCUUCUCCGACCUCUGUUUAUCCAACCUCUGUUUAUCCAACUUCUGCUUCUCUAACCUCUGCUUAUCCAACUUCUGCUUCUCCAACCUCUGCUUCUCCAACCUCUGCUUCUCUAACCUCUGCUUCUCAAAACCUCUGCUUCUCCAACCUCUGCUUAUCCAACCUCUGCUUCUCCAACCUCUGCUUCUCCAACCUCUGCUUCUCCAACCUCUGCUUAUCCAACCUCUACUUCUCCAACCUCUGCUUCUCCGACCUCUGCUUCUCCAACCUCUGCUUCUCCAACCUCUGCUUAUCCAACCUCUACUUCUCCAACCUCUGCUUCUCCGACCUCUGCUUCUCCAACCUCUGCUUCUCAAACCUCUGCUUCUCCGACCUCUGCUUCUCCAACCUCUGUUUAUCCAACCUCUGCUUCUCUAACCUCUGCUUAUCCAACCUCUGCUUCUCCAACCUCUGCUUCUCCAACCUCUGCUUCUCUAACCUCUGCUUCUCUAACCUCUGCUUCUCCAACCUCUGCUUCUCCAACCUCUGCUUCUCCAACCUCUGCUUAUCCAACCUCUGCUUCUCCAACCUCUGCUUCUCCAACCUCUGCUUCUCCAACCUCUGUUUCGUCAACCUCUGUUUCUCUAACCUCUGCUUCUCUAACCUCUGUUUAUCCAACCUCUGUUUAUCCAACUUCUGCUUCUCUAACCUCUGCUUAUCCAACCUCUGCUUCUCCAACCUCUGCUUCUCUAACCUCUGCUUCUCCAACCUCUGCUUCUCUAACCUCUGCUUCUCUAACCUCUGCUUCUCUAACCUCUGCUUCUCCAACCUCUGCUUCUCUAACCUCUGCUUCUCCAACCUCAGCUUCUCUAACCUCUGCUUCUCCAACCUCUGCUUCUCCAACCUCUGCUUCUCCAACCUCUGCUUCUCUAGCCUCUGCUUCUCCAACCUCUGCUUCUCCAACCUCUGCUUCUCCAACCUCUGCUUCUCCAACCUCUGUUUCGUCAACCUCUGCUUCUCUAACCUCUGCUUCUCUAACCUCUGCUUCUCUAACCUCUGUUUAUCCAACCUCUGUUUAUCCAACUUCUGCAUCUCUAACCUCUGCUUAUCCAACCUCUGCUUCUCCAACCUCUGCUUCUCUAACCUCUGCUUCUCCAACCUCUGCUUCUCUAACCUCUGCUUCUCUAACCUCUGCUUCUCCAACCUCUGCUUCUCCAACCUCUGCUUCUCUAACCUCUGCUUCUCCAACCUCUGCUUCUCCAACCUCUGCUUCUCUAGCCUCUGCUUCUCCAACCUCUGCUUCUCCAACCUCUGCUUCUCUAACCUCUGCUUCUCCAACCUCUGCUUCUCCAACCUCUGCUUCUCCAACCUCUGCUUCUCUAACCUCUGCUUCUCCAACCUCUGCUUCUCCAACCUCUGCUUCUCCAACCUCUGUUUAUCCAACCUCUGCUUCUCUAACCUCUGCUUCUCUAAUCUCUGCUUCUCGAACCUCUGCUUCUCUAACCUCUGCUUCUCCGACCUCUGCUUCUCCAACCUCUGCUUCUCCAACCUCUGCUUCUUCAACCUCUGCUUCUCCAACCUCUGUUUAUCCAACCUCUGCUUCUCCGACCUCUGUUUAUCCAACCUCUGCUUCUCCAACCUCUGCUUCUCCAACCUCUGCUUCUCUAACCUCUGCUUAUCCAACCUCUGCUUCUCCAACCUCUGCUUCUCCAACCUCUGCUUCUCCAACCUCUGCUUCUCCAACCUCUGCUUCUCGAACCUCUGCUUCUCCGACCUCUGCUUCUCCAACCUCUGUUUAUCCAACCUCUGCUUCUCCAACCUCUGUUUAUCCAACCUCUGCUUCUCUAACCUCUGCUUAUCCAACCUCUGCUUCUCCAACCUCUGCUUCUCCAACCUCUGCUUCUCUAAACUCUGCUUCUCCAACCUCUGCUUCUCCAACCUCUGCUUCUCCAACCUCUGCUUAUCCAACCUCUGCUUCUCCAACCUCUGCUUCUCCAACCUCUGCUUAUCCAACCUCUGCUUCUCCAACCUCUGCUUCUCCAACCUCUGCUUCUCCAACCUCUGUUUCGUCAACCUCUGCUUCUCUAACCUCUGCUUCUCUAACCUCUGUUUAUCCAACCUCUGUUUAUCCAACUUCUGCUUCUCUAACCUCUGCUUAUCCAACCUCUGCUUCUCCAACCUCUGCUUCUCUAACCUCUGCUUCUCCAACCUCUGCUUCUCUAACCUCUGCUUCUCUAACCUCUGCUUCUCUAACCUCUGCUUUUCCAACCUCUGCUUCUCUAACCUCUGCUUCUCCAACCUCUGCUUCUCUAACCUCUGCUUCUCCAACCUCUGCUUCUCCAACCUCUGCUUCUCCAACCUCUGCUUCUCCAACCUCUGCUUCUCCAACCUCUGCUUCUCCAACCUCUGCUUCUCCAACCUCUGCUUCUCCACCUUCUGCUUCUCCAACCUCUGCUUCUCCAACCUCUGCUUCUCCAACCUCUGCUUAUCCGACCUCUGCUUCUCCGACCUCUGCUGCUCUCACCUCUGCUUCUCCGACCUCUGCUUCUCUAGCCUCUGCUUCUCUAACCUCUGCUUCUCCAACCUCUGCUUCUUCAACCUCUGCUUCUCCAACCUCUGUUUAUCCAACAUCUGCUUCUCCGACCUCUGUUUAUCCAACCUCUGCUUAUCCAACUUCUGCUUCUCCAACUUCUGCUUCUCCAACCUCUGCUUCUCUAACCUCUGCUUCUCCAACCUCUGCUUCUCCAAUCUCUGCUUCUCCAACCUCUGCUUCUCUAACCUCUGCUUCUCCAACCUCUGCUUCUCCAACCUGUGCUUCUCCAACCUCUACUUCUCCAACUUCUGCUUUUCCAACCUCUGCUUCUCCAACCUCUGCUUCUCCAACUUCUGCUUCUCUAGCCUCUGCUUCUCCAACCUCUGCUUCUCCAACCUCUGCUUCUCUAACCUCUGCUUCUCCAACCUCUGCUUCUCCAACCUCUGCUUCUCCAACCUCUGCUUCUCCAACCUCUGCUUCUCCAACCUCUGCUUCUCCAACCUCUGCUUCUCUAACCUCUGCUUCUCUAAUCUCUGCUUCUCGAACCUCUGCUUCUCUAACCUCUGCUUCUCCGACCUCUGCUUCUCCAACCUCUGCUUCUCCAACCUCUGCUUCUUCAACCUCUGCUUCUCCAACCUCUGUUUAUCCAACAUCUGCUUCUCCGACCUCUGUUUAUCCAACCUCUGCUUCUCCAACCUCUGCUUCUCUAACCUCUGCUUAUCCAACCUCUGCUUCUCCAACCUCUGCUUCUCCAACCUCUGCUUCUCUAACCUCUGCUUCUCCAACCUCUGCUUCUCCAACCUCUGCUUAUCCAACCUCUGCUUCUCCAACCUCUGCUUCUCCAACCUCUGCUUAUCCAACCUCUACUUCUCCAACCUCUGCUUCUCUGACCUCUGCUUCUCCAACCUCUGCUUCUCAAACCUCUGCUUCUCCGACCUCUGCUUCUCCAACCUCUGUUUAUCCAACCUCUGCUUCUCUAACCUCUGCUUAUCCAACCUCUGCUUCUCCAACCUCUGCUUCUCCAACCUCUGCUUCUCUAACCUCUGCUUCUCUAACCUCUGCUUCUCCAACCUCUGCUUCUCCAACCUCUGCUUAUCCAACCUCUGCUUCUCCAACCUCUGCUUCUCCAACCUCUGCUUAUCCAACCUCUACUUCUCCAACCUCUGCUUCUCCGACCUCUGCUUCUCCAACCUCUGCUUCUCGAACCUCUGUUUAUCCAACCUCUGCUUCUCUAACCUCUGCUUAUCCAACCUCUGCUUCUCCAACCUCUGCUUCUCCAACCUCUGCUUCUCUAACCUCUGCUUCUCCAACCUCUGCUUCUCCAACCUCUGCUUCUCCAACCUCUGCUUAUCCAACCUCUGCUUCUCCAACCUCUGCUUCUCCAACCUCUGCUUAUCCAACCUCUGCUUCUCCAACCUCUGCUUCUCCAACCUCUGUUUCGUCAACCUCUGCUUCUCUAACCUCUGCUUCUCUAACCUCUGUUUAUCCAACCUCUGUUUAUCCAACUUCUGCUUCUCUAACCUCUGCUUAUCCAACCUCUGCUUCUCCAACCUCUGCUUCUCUAACCUCUGCUUCUCCAACCUCUGCUUUUCUAACCUCUGCUUCUCCAACCUCUGCUUCUCUAACCUCUGCUUCUCCAACCUCUGCUUCUCUAACCUCUGCUUCUCCAACCUCUGCUUCUCUAACCUCUGCUUCUCCAACCUCUGCUUCUCCAACCUCUGCUUCUCCAACCUCUGCUUCUCCAACCUCUGCUUCUCCAACCUCUGCUUCUCCAACCUCUGCUUCUCCAACCUCUGCUUCUCCACCCUCUGCUUCUCCAACCUCUGCUUCUCCAACCUCUGCUUCUCCAACCUCUGCUUAUCCGACCUCUGCUUCUCCGACCUCUGCUUCUCUCACCUCUGCUUCUCCGACCUCUGCUUCUCUAGCCUCUGCUUCUCUAACCUCUGCUUCUCCAACCUCUGCUUCUCCAACCUCUGCUUCUCCAACCUCUGCUUCUCUAACCUCUGCUUCUCCAACCUCUGCUUCUCCAACCUCUGCUUCUCCAACCUCUGCUUCUCCAACCUCUGCUUCUCCAACCUCUGCUUCUCCAACCUCUGCUUCUCCACCCUCUGCUUCUCCAACCUCUGCUUCUCCAACCUCUGCUUCUCCAACCUCUGCUUAUCCGACCUCUGCUUCUCCGACCUCUGCUUCUCUCACCUCUGCUUCUCCGACCUCUGCUUCUCUAGCCUCUGCUACUCUAACCUCUGCUUCUCCAACCUCUGCUUAUCCAACCUCUGCUUAUCCAACUUCUGCUUCUCCAACCUCUGCUUCUCCAACCUCUGCUUCUCUAACCUCUGCUUCUCCAACCUCUGCUUCUCCAAUCUCUGCUUCUCCAACCUCUGCUUCUCUAACCUCUGCUUCUCCAACCUCUGCUUCUCCAACCUGUGCUUCUCCAACCUCUACUUCUCCAACUUCUGCUUUUCCAACCUCUGCUUCUCCAACCUCUAA